AUGGCCGGUGCAGCAGCAGCAGCAGGAGCUGCUGCUGCUGCUGCUGCUGUUGCUGCAGGAAGAUGGCGUCGUGCGGUAGGGCCUCCUGCUGCGGCAGCGGCUGCUGGUGUUCUUGCCCCACCCGGCUGGGCUGCCCCAGGCUCAGCAGCAGCAGCAGCAGCAACAGCAGCAACUCUUCCUGCAGCAACAGCAGCAAUAACAACGACAGUUCCUGCAGCAGCAGAGAGUUCAGGUGUAUCGGCAGCUCGAGGGCUGCUGCGGCAUCUCUUGAAUUCAGACGCCUGCCUCUAUCAGCUGUCUCCCCCUGCAGAGACACUUAGAAAGUACUUGUGGGGUGGGCAGCACCGCAGAUACGCUGCAGCAGCAGCAGCAGCAAGAACGACAUCUGCAGCAGUAGCAGCAGCAAGUGGUGCAGCGUCUGCCCCUCGUGGUUUCGUCGAGCCGCAGUGUGAUCUUGCUGCUGCUGCUGCUGCUGCACGUGCUGCGCUGCUGCGGCAGCUUCAUGAUGCUGCUUACUGGCGUGGCUUGGGUGCUGCAGCAGAAGAGCUGCUGCAGGCAGUUGCUGCAGGACAGCACACAGAACUCCCCCACAGCAGCAGCAGCAGCAGCAGCAGCAGCAGCAGACGACUGCCGGUUUGUCGCGGCAGCGAUGCAGAGGAGAUGCUGUCGGUAGUAAGGCGGAGGCAGCAGCAGGUCUCAGAAGCAGCUGCUGCAGCAGCAGCAUCAAGAGGAUCAGCAGCAGCAGCAGCAGCAGCAGCAGGAGGGUGGUGCGUAGACACCCGAAUGAUAGGCCUCUCCUUGUCUGUCCUCAUCAACAGCUUUAAACAAAUUCGAGUGUAUCGUGUGGGGUUGUUUGCUGCAGCAGAAAGAGCAGCACACCUACAUCUGCAUGAGUUCUCGCUGCAGCAUCUCUCUGUUCUCUGCUGCUCCUUUGCUGCUGCUGCUGCUGCUGUGGGGCCCGCUGCAGCACCGUCGGUCGCCUUCAUGCUAGCAGCAGCAGACUACUGCGCAGAUGCAGCAGCAGCAGCUCCUGCAGCAGCAGCAGGUUCAUUUGGUGCUGCUGCUGCUGCUGGCGGCUCCAGCUGCAGCAGCAGCUUCUUUGCUCUGCCGCCUAAGCUGCAAGCUGCUGUCUCUGCUGCUGCAGCAGAAGCACGCCAGCCUAGAGGCGGAGAAGCAAAAGCAGCAGCAGCUCCAGCAGCAGCUCCAGCAGCAGCAGCAGCAGCAGCAGCACAAGUGCCUGCUGCUGCUUAUUUUAAUUUCGUGUCUUGGGCGCAUCUUCUGGCUGCCUUUGCUCGCUGCGGUGUCGCUCAUCAGAGUCUCUUCGAAGCAGCAGCCCCACACUUGUGUGUCCUGCUGCAGAGACACCCCACGCAUCUGCUGCUGCUGCAGCAGCGGCAGCAACACCUGCAGCAAAUGCAGCAGGCCAACAGCAGCAGCAGCAGCAGCAGCAGAAGCAAACAGAUUGUCUCCCCAGGGGCCCUUAUUACUAAAGCAGUGAAGGCCUAUGCUACGUUUGGGUAUGCCCACCGACGACUGCUGCGGUGUGUAAGCGAGAGUUUAGCGUCUGUUUAUUAUACUGAUGAAGAACUGAAGACACUGCAACACAGCCUCGCCCGCCUGCAGCACCAUGACCCCCUGCUGGAGACCCUUGUGCGCGCUCGACUCAGCAGCAAAACUUCCCCCAGCAGCAGCAGCAGCAGCAGCAGCAGCAGCAGCAGUCUUGCGGGUAGCGCGUAG